UGUGUAUGCUAUCCUCGAUGUCAUGUUUAUGCAUUAAACUCGUUACCCCUCCACUCUAGAGGAAAUGCUCUAACAAUUGCGCCACGCGGUCGAGGAGUAUUUCAUCAAAUCAUGCUAACAUCGGUGUGAUUUCCUACUCUGAGAUUGUCCCCGGCAAAAACUAGGUGAUCGACAAGGAUAUAUAUGUGUCCAAGUGCUACAGAGAUAAUAAUGGAAGCAUUUUUGCAAGAGGAACUAGAAGACGAAAACUUGAAGUGUUUGGGUAAUGCUGGGUCAGGCUAUAUUAGUGAAGGAUUUAAAUACAGAACAGGAAAAGGGGAACUGAUCUUUGUGAAAAUCAACAGAAAAGCGGAGGCUCAACAGAUGUUUAAUGGGGAAUAUAGGAGUUUAGAAAUCCUACGUGCUGCAAACAUUGUCCAAGUUCCAAAACCAAUAAAAGUUAUAAACCUUCCAGAAGGAGGCUCGGCAUUGAUCAUGGAACAUAUUGAGAUAAAUAGCUUGUCUUCACAAUGUGGAAAACUGGGAGAAUUGAUGGCAAGACUGCAUUUGCUUAACUCCGAGAUGUUGGAGAAGUCGAAGAAACUUGAGAAGUAUGUUGGGAAGGCGGAUAAAUUAACUCCUGUCACUCAGUUUGGAUUUGACACAACCACGUGUUAUGGAUAUAUACCUAUGGACAACACUUGGCAAGAUAACUGGGGGAAUUUUUAUUCCAGGAAACUAAAACAACAGAUGGAUAUUUUAGAAACUGUUCAUAGCGACAAAGAAGCAAGAGAGUUAUGGUCAGAAUUACAAAUGAAACUUCCUGCGUUUUUUGACAAUUUAAAUAACAUUCAACCCGCCCUAAUGCAUGGGGAUCUGUGGAAAAAGAAUGUUGGUGAAAAUGAAUAUGGACCAGUGAUAUUUGACCCUGCCAGUUUCUAUGGUCAUUCCGAGUUUGAUUUAGCACUUACAAGGACAUUUGGUGGCUUCGGCGCAUCAUUUUUUGACAACUAUCACCAGCUAAUUCCACAGGCCCCAGGCUUCAGACAAAGAGCAGACCUAUAUGAACUAUUCUUCUAUCUCAAUCAUUGGAACCAGUUUGGGACGUCAUAUAGAGAUCAGUCCAUUUCAGCAUUUUGUCGCUUGCUCAGGAUUGAAUGAGUCGUAAACGAUUACUUCUAUUAAUAAUAUAACAUUUAAACCGAGACAUUCCAGAUCCUCUACAAAGUAGAGACACUAAAGUUGACGUUUUACAGCGAUUUUUGUCUGUUUUAUAUGAACUGCAUUUCGAUAGAUGACAGGAUUUUGUAUGCAACUUAUAUUUUAAUUAUUACUUAGACUCAGUACGAUACCCAUUUUCCCUUUGCAAGAUUUAAUCACAGCGAGAAACUCUUCGGGUAUAUCGGUGGACAAGUCUAUAAUUUUUUUUUGGGGGGGGGGGGGUCAUCUCAAGGAGAAAAUGUCCCUAGCAUAAAAAUGCCAGAUUGUACCGUACUUUAAAGUGAUGUCGUUGUAUGUAGGUGUAAAUUUAGUUUAGCACAAAGACCGAACAUCAAAUUGUAGACAAAUUGAAAACUGAAAAUUGAACAAAAAAUAAAUCUUUUCUCAUUGUGUCUUAAAA